AUGCCGCCGCCGUCGCCGCCGCGGCCUCCUCCACCAUUGAUGGACGAGCUCAUGGAAGAGGUCCUGCUCCGGCUCCCGCCCGACAGUCCAGCGAGCCUCGUCUGCAAGCGUUGGUGUCGCCUCGUGUCCGACCCCAGCUUCCAGCGCCGGCUCCUCGACUUCCAUCGCCAACGCCAAGCAGCACCACCCAUGCUCGGCUUCCUCAUCUUCUCCGAUGACCUCACCUACCGUGACAUCGGCGCUCGCUUCGUUCCCACAACCGUGGCCUGCCCCAUGCCAGCCACUGCGGAUUGCGGCCGUCUGAAACUUCCUAAUCCACCAUCACCAGCAACAGGCGGAUCGCAUUUGUACAACCGGACCGCAGCGGUGCUCUGUGCCGCCACCGCCACCGCCACCGGCGCGUGCAGCCACCUCGAUUGCCAUCGUCGUGGAUCCUUCAUCGUGGUGCUUGUCGGUGACACUACAUUAUGCGAGAAGUUCAUCAGCAUCUGGUGGAGACACAGUACCCUUGUCGGGAAUGCACUCUACUUCGUGCUUGAGGGGUACAAAAGUAUCCUCGAGUAUAAUCUGUGCACGAGGAGAACAUCAGUCAUAAAACUACCUGGAGAGGGAAAGAACAAAAUACCUGAAAGCUUUGGACCAAUUCAGCUCAUCACAACCAUGGAGGACGGUCGCCGCCUAGGGUUCGUAAGAGUGGAGGAUUUCUCGAGACUUUGCAUCUGGUCGAGGGAGGAUGAAGAACCAGCUGGAUGGGUGCUAAGCAAUGUCAUUGAGCUCGACAAGUUGCUUCCCCUUGAUGAUAGAAUGCCUACCAGCUGGAAUUAUUUGGUUGGCUCUGCAGAAGGUGUUGGUACUAUAUUCCUCAAGUUGAAAGAUGAGCUCUUCACGGCUGAUCUAAGGUCUGGCCUGGUGACCAAGGUUUAA